GCCAGGCUGAUCUCGAACUCCUGACCUCAAGUGGUCUGCCUACCUUGGCCUCCCAAAGUGCUGGAAUUACAGGCAGGAGCGCCACACCUAGCCUAUUUUUUUAAGUCGAAUUUAACCCUUGUAAUGAUAGAUGCUUGUCUUAUUCCUAGGGAAAUAAUUGAAGUAAUUGAGAUGCUGUCACCUAAAAUAAUCAAAAGGCUCCUGAUUCAGUUAAAAGAAUUCAUUUAAGUACAAAGUAUAAGCAGAGCUACACCAAAGAAUGGUGAUUAGUGCUCCCAGGGUGGGGUAAAAUGAGGAUUGUUUAUAUAGGCAAAAUGAAGGUGCCAAACAGAAUUACAACAUUUUCUGUACUAAGGCUCAUUUAAAGUUACAAAUUUGAUUGGCUACUAUUGAUUACACUUGAAGGGAUUUGUUUAACUUCCUUUUGUAAAGAAGUAACAGUCAUAAGGAUCUCUUAUCUCCCAGUCGCUUAGUCUAGGUUUGAAUAAAGAAUAGGGAGUCUGGUUAAUGUGUACAUCUAGACACAAAAGUCAGAAAGAAUGAAAGUAGUAACAUCACACGAGCCCGCUGUCAGCGCCUAACUUUUCCCUUUGGCAAGAUAAAUUUGGAAGGUUCUGAAAUUGUGUUUUCUUUUUACAGUGCCUAUGUGUAAGUGUUUUUACAGGUCAGUUCAUUCUGUUAAAUAUACGUGUGUAUACAUGCAUACUAUGUAUGUGCGUUUAUGUGUGUCUGUGUGUUUUUCUUUUUAACAGACGAAGCUUCACAAAAGAUGUCUAAGCAACAGCCAACUCAGUUUAUAAAUCCAGAAACUCCUGGCUAUGUUGGAUUUGCAAAUCUCCCCAAUCAAGUUCACCGAAAAUCAGUGAAAAAAGGUUUUGAGUUCACACUGAUGGUGGUCGGUGAAUCAGGUCUAGGAAAAUCGACUCUCAUAAACAGCCUUUUCCUAACUGAUCUCUACCCAGAAAGAGUCAUACCUGGAGCUGCAGAAAAAAUUGAAAGAACUGUCCAGAUUGAGGCUUCAACUGUUGAAAUUGAAGAGCGAGGGGUCAAGCUACGCCUGACAGUGGUAGAUACCCCUGGCUAUGGUGACGCUAUCAACUGCAGAGAUUGUUUUAAGACAAUUAUCUCCUAUAUUGAUGAGCAGUUUGAGAGGUACCUGCAUGACGAGAGCGGCUUGAACAGGCGGCACAUCAUUGAUAAUAGGGUGCAUUGUUGCUUUUACUUUAUUUCACCUUUUGGACAUGGACUUAAGCCCUUAGAUGUGGCGUUUAUGAAGGCAAUACACAACAAGGUGAAUAUUGUGCCUGUCAUUGCAAAAGCUGACACUCUCACCCUGAAGGAACGGGAGCGGCUGAAGAAAAGGAUUCUGGAUGAAAUUGAAGAACAUAACAUCAAAAUCUAUCACUUACCUGAUGCAGAAUCAGAUGAAGAUGAAGAUUUUAAAGAGCAGACUAGACUUCUCAAGGCUAGCAUCCCGUUCUCUGUGGUUGGCUCCAAUCAGUUGAUUGAAGCCAAAGGAAAGAAGGUCAGAGGCCGCCUCUACCCCUGGGGUGUUGUGGAGGUGGAGAACCCAGAGCACAACGACUUUCUGAAGCUGAGAACCAUGCUCAUCACACACAUGCAGGAUCUCCAGGAGGUGACCCAGGACCUUCAUUAUGAAAACUUCCGUUCUGAGAGACUUAAGAGAGGCGGCAGAAAAGUGGAGAAUGAGGACAUGAAUAAAGACCAGAUCUUGCUGGAAAAAGAAGCUGAGCUCCGCCGCAUGCAAGAGAUGAUUGCAAGGAUGCAGGCGCAGAUGCAGAUGCAGAUGCAGGGCGGGGAUGGCGAUGGUGGGGCUCUCGGGCACCACGUGUAAAGCCAUGUGCACAUACCAAGACGUCACAGAAAACACUUUCCUGGAUAAAAAAGAAAACAUUCCAGAUGCGUGAUCCAGCUGUGUGUUUUCAAUCCUUGGGAGGGUGCCAUCCACAUUUUAACAGUACCUGUGCCUGAGAAUUUAAUUUUUAAAAGACUUUUGAUGUGUUUUUUGUAUGAAGUACUUUUAACAUAUGUAUUUCAUUGCUAUGUUACACUCUGUAUUUUGUGAGGUGAAUGUUUUCCUUUUCUUUCUCCCUAACCACUAAUGUUAGAAUUGAUUUCCAAGAAUCAGCAUGUAUGCUUAAUACUGAAUUUCUUUGAUUUAACUGACUUAACAACUGACUAACCAUUGAUGAGCACUCCUGAUUUAUAUCUAGAACAUUCAGAUUUACCCAUAAUCUGAGUGGUAGAGGUGUGAGCUUAGUGAUGUAGAAAGAUGCACUGACUUGGUGCAAGGCCAUCUGCUUACCACAUCAUACCAUUUGGAGACUCUCUGCUUCCUUGCUUUUAUGUUUGUACACAACACCUAAAACCAGUUUUGCUGCUAUAAUUCUAUACUGUUGAUUCGUCUGUGAUUUUAUCUCUUAACCAAAUAAAACAGAAUAGAAUUUCCUAAUGAGAUACAUCUUUAUACUUAAACAGCUUUUUUAGAGGUGAGUUUUAAAGAAGUCUCUUAAUUCUGAUCUAGGUCAUUUUUAAAACCCCUAUGCAAAGAACUUACCGCAAGCCCCUUUUUGUAGUGUUCUCCACUAAUACUGGUUAUCCUGUGCUACAGAGAAAAUCAAAGUAGUCAUGAGCUCCAGUUUUUGUAUUGCAAUUAAGACUCUUACCUACAAAACGAGAUUCAGUAAACUUUUUACUCAACCAAAUUAAAAUUUUUAAGGAAAAUUAGCAGUUGGUCUGUUCAGAAUCCAACCUUUUUAUAUUUUAUAUUGCACUUUAGUGUAUUUUCUGUAACUGUAGUAGAUCUGCCUCCCCUGUGGAAAUUGGGGUCUGUUGGUGGGCGUGUUCCUGAAGCACAGCUUCACUGAAAAGUGUUUCCUCCCUAAGGCCUUGGUGCCCUGAACCUCUGAUGCCUACCGGGUGUUCCUGAUUUGGGUUUCCUUUAAAUACCCCCUUUUUGAGUGACUUUCUGAUGGGAGGAAAAUAGCAGUAAUCAUUUUUUUGUGUGCAGACUGUCUCAUUUAUUUUUAGCCGUUGUCGUUUUCAUUCAUUUUGUGUAAUAUAAACCAUGUGUCUUCUCAAAGUGAAAGACAUUUUAAAUCUGUAGCAUGGGCUAGUGGGCAGGUGCGCACAGUCGAAGCCACACCUGAUCCGUUUUCUGUGCACUGUAGCCUUAGUGUCACCUUUCUUCCUGUGUCUCCCUGUGGUACACUCCAGCGGUUGCCUUUUUUAUCAUUUCUACUGAAGUUGGGAAAUUCAGCCCGAGAAAGUGACAGAUGAAAGGAGACGAUGGUUGUGUAGGGAGAUGGAGAAAAUGCUUAAUCUGAGGAUGAGACAGGGUUUUUUGGUUUUUGUGGGGGCUAGAAAGAAAACAUAAAAUGAGACAGUUAAAUAAUAAUACGAAGGUGUGCUACAGAAAAUCUGGUAUUCUUGCUAACAUUGCCCCUUCACUGUUGCUUAAUUGUGAAUAGCCAAAAGCUAUAUGUUAUGGCUUGUUGUGUGAAGGUAACUAAGCAAAAGUGUUCCAUGACUUUAGAGUACAUCCAUGCAGAGUCCAUUAUUUGAGUUUGCCAUUUAAUAACUUUGUUGGAAAAUCUAUAAAAAAGAAAAACAAGUUUGCAAGUCACUAAGCCCCGCAUAUGUUUGAGUGAAAGUACUUCAGGCACGCUGCCUCCUGGUAUCAGCUCUGCAGGGAGGGAGGACCCACACUGCUACACUUCUCAUCCCCUUUGGUUUUACUGCCCAAAUCUAAAUAGAUACUUUUGAUUAUAGAUAACUGCUCUUUUACUAAGAGAUAGUCUCUACCUGUAGAAAUGUAUUUUGAAAACACUUAUUUUACACAGCAAUUUUGUAUCCAUUUAUACUAACCUUUUAUCAAUAAAGUACUAUUGUUUAGAUAUUAAA